AUGGUGGACCAAUGUACUACAGAAAAUAAGAGCGUUCAGUUAGACCAGUUGCAGCGGCGGUACCGUUCACAAAUACGACGGAUAAAACAGUUACAAAGCAGCGGAGCGGAGAAAGUUCAGUUGCGCAACGCAGCAACAGUUCUUCGUUCGAUUAAAGAUGAUAUUCGCUUAGAGCACAAAAACAGGACGCGCCGGAAGGUCGUUGACAACUGUGCAAAUCUCUAUCCACGGGCGUGCAGUAUACCUACAGAUGACGAGGGCUUUGUAACGUCCUUUCCUGCUGGACAAGUACUCAGUGGUCCAGAGACGGACAAACACGAACUCUUGGAUUUUUUUAAAACGUACGGGUUCGUAAUCUUUCGCGAUAUCAUCGGUCCUGAAGAGUGCGAAGAAACUGCAAAAGAAAUUUGGGACCACUUGGAGGCCAGGAAUCCCAGUCUUCAACGUGGCGUCCCACACACUUAUUCAGUGUUAUCUUCCAAGACCUAUGGCCUUGCACCCGAACCAGCACUAUUCACAGCACAGAUGAUAAGAAACAGAUGUAACGAGUAUGUGGUCAAGGCACUGCGACUUUUAUUGGGGCACGCGGAUAUAUUAUUGUCACAUGACCGCUGGUGCUUCUACAGACCAACAAAAAGUAUAAGUAUAAAAAAUAGCCAACACUUCAUGGACAUGCCCACCUGGAAAACACCGAGUAAUCUUCACUUGGAUUUGAAUCCUUGGAUGUAUAUAAAUGGGAAUGUACCUUCACAGACGCUGGACUACAAAAACUUGCGCGAUUUUAGCAAAGAGAUGAACAGUGUUACACAGGUAACUGGGCCACACCUACAAGGGAUUCUAUCGAUCACGGAGAACAAAAACGAAGAUGGCGGCACGGUGCUCGUUCCUGGCUUCCAUAGCGUGUUUUCAGAUUGGGUCGAACAUUUGGGGGCCAUGAACAAAUAUACGAACCACAACGAUUCCAGUACAAAUAGGCUCGUGUGGCGAGGUCACGGUGCAGGGAGCUUCAAGUUUGCGGCUGUGGACCCUAUUCACAAUUUGAAACGCAGAAUUUCACUUCGGGCUGGUAGCUUUUUAGUCUGGGAUCAGCGCAUUGUUCACGGUUCCGUACCAAAUAAUAGCUCCAACCCUCGAAUGGCACAAUUUAUCAAGGCCUUUAAAAGUCACGGGAUAUCCAAACAGCAGUUCUACGCGAGAUCUAAAGCUAUCCACAAGCACAUGAAAGUAGCAAGAACGCUGAAAUUAGAUACGCUGACGAGCGACUCACGUCGAGUGUUAGGUCUCGACCCUCAUCUUAACAAACUAAACGGUACCAGCGGAGUCAGUAUGUAA